AUGUCGCAUGUGACAAAGCAGCUCCGUAAGGCCGCGCGGAUCAUCUUGAUUGGCGCGCCUGGAGUAGGAAAAGGGACACAGUCUGAGCGACUGCUAUCCCGAUUUCCACAGCUGGCUUCCAUCAGCUCAGGUGAUCUGUUGAGAGAAAAUGUGCGCCUACGCACACCCCUCGGCCUGGAAGCCGAGGCCACAAUGCAGUCCGGCAACCUUGUUCCCGACUCAAUGAUCCUGAAAUUGAUCUCCGAUGAUAUGAAAUCUAAGGGCUGGCUCCUCCCACCACUCCCAUCCUCACCAUCCGCAACAUCCUCGUCAUCUUCUUCAGCCGAUACUUCCUCAUCAGCCCACACAAUCGAUCCCUCUGCCUCAUUUAUUCUCGACGGGUUUCCCCGUACCGCAACUCAGGCAAUAGCCUUGGACAGCCUAGUAUCGGUCAACUUUGUCGUGCACAUAAUCACCCCUCCAUCAGUGAUUCUCGCCCGCAUCGCAUCACGCUGGGUCCACGAGCCCUCAGGGCGCGUGUAUAAUACAGACUUCCAUCCACCAAAGGUGCCAGGCAGAGACGAUGUCACGGGCGAGCCGCUGACGCAGCGAGAGGACGAUUCUCUCGAUACAUGGAAGCAGCGUUUACAGAAGUUUGAGGAGACGAGCAAAUCCCUCUUGGAGCACUAUGACCGUCAAGGGUGUCUAUUCCAUGCGGAGGGUAAUAGCUCCAACGAAAUUAGCCCAAAAUUGUUCGCUGAGGUUGAGCGGCGGUUCUGCUGA